AUUCGUCUGCUCCACACCGAAGCGAACGUACACGCUGGUGCAGUAAACGCGCACGGUUUACAAAAAUCCAAAAAAUCAAAACAAAAACAGAACAGAAAAUCGUCUAAACCCAAGAUCGGCAACGAUCGCCAUUAAAUUAUAUAAAAACCAAAAUUAAAACAUAAUUGAACGUAAUUAAACGCAGAAUAAACAUAACUUAACAACAACAACAGAAUAAUAAAAAGUACACAAGAAAAUUUGAUAAUACGAUACGCACACACACAGAGAUACACACAUAUCAAGCGGAAUAUUCAAACAAUCAGCGCACAAACAAUUUCUGUAGCGAUAACACAUAAUAACUACUGAUAGUAAGGUAAGACCGGAGACUAUUCGCACUAUCACAACAGCUGACAGAAGCAGAGAAAGCAGCACGCUUCAGCAUUCAACGUCGUUGUCUAUCAGCAUACAGCGGCUAAUCAUAUCAGUCGACAGCCAAUAAUAGACUGCAGUAAACAACAAUAACAACAACGGCCAAUAAGGCAGCAAUUAUAAUUAAAGCAGCAGCCGAGAAAAUGAUUUCACACAGUCCACCCAUCUUUAGCCAUAGUCCACCAGUCAGUUUCCUAUCGGACUACAUGAACAAUCAUCGUUACAAUGACGAAACAAACCGAGCGGCGCGCUAUUGUCGCCCCCAAGUGAUCACACUCGCCUCGAAGGCCAUGGCCAACAGCGCGGCCGCCGCUUUCGCCAGCCAACAGCUGAAUAGCCAUCAACAGCCGCAGUCGCCGUACACAUAUCAACAGCAGCAGCAGCAGCAAGCGCGUCUGCCGGUCACCGUCACCGCGAGCAACAAAGGCCAUGAGGGGCGCGUCAUUGGCGGUUUGCCGCGCGCGCUCUCCGCCCCCAUCAUACAUUUGCAACCGAAGUCUUGCCUUAGCCGCAAAUCCUGCCUACAUCGCUCCGCAGCGAGCAACAACAGCAGCGGCGACAGUCGUAACAGUGACGCGGCGGGCGAGACGCGCGGCGAAUGCGCCAAUUGCAAAUGUAAUGGACAAAGCCGCUGCCAAAAGCGAGUGAUCUUCGCCGAUGAUGAGGGUCAACCGCUAACGGAGGUGCGCGUCAUGUCUGAGCCCUCGAAUGUGCCACCAUUGUGGAGCACAAAAUUCCUGGAGCAAAUUACACAGGGACUCGUGAGUCCACAUCCGGCCGAUCAGUGGACCGUCGACUUCAAACAACCAGCAUCUGAUUAUCUAACAUUUAGAGAAAAGAUCGAUCGUGACUUUGUCUCACUCGAAAAUGUGAUUGUUAAGGAUGAGGAGUCCAUUGUGGUCGGCACGGUGAAAGUGAAGAAUAUCUCUUUCGAAAAGGAAGUCGUUGUGCGCGUCACAUGGGACGACUGGAAGAAUCAGCAGGACAUAUUCUGCACAUUUGCAAGGGCUUAUGGUCCAGCUACCUAUGCGCAUGUAGUCUUCGACACGUUCUCAUUUAAGAUCACGUUGCCGCCAGCGUCAAAGCGCCUGGAAUUCUGCAUUUGCUAUCGUGCUAAUAACCAAGAAUACUGGGAUAACAAUGGGCAGGGUAAGAACUAUACUAUCACAAAGCGUUCACCCUUCUACUACAACGCACUUUCGCCAUAUGACAAGAAUUCGUCGCGCAACGCCUGUCGCGGUACCGUGAUGUCGACACUGUCCGAAGCGCUGAGCAACUCGAAAGAGUAUCAAACACAGAACAGUUGGAGUCAGGAGUCUGGGCCCUACUGGCAACAAAAACAGAUCGAGGAGAAAUAUUGGUGAUGGAUUAUAGAAAUAGGAUGCGGCGUGUCGAGCGCUAGGAGCACAGGCUCACGUCGUAAACGCUAACAACCCUGCAGUAGAAAAGAAUCUUACAUUAAAUGCCAAUAUAGAACAACUACCAAAUUAGACGCAACAACAACUACAAAAAAACAAACAAAUAUAUGAAACACAAGAAAUCCAAAAGACAGCGAAAAUGAUAAGCAUCACAAGGAUGAGCGUCGUUGUUAAGGCACAACGCCACCGGAUAGUCCAAUCCAAAAGUGAGGAACAAAUCUAGAUUCAACAAAUUCUAAGUAUCAUUUAGCCACUAUGAAAACACACACAAACAACAACAAAAUACAAUAGAAAAGUGUAGCUUAGGGCUGAGUGAACAUAUGCAGUGAAGCCUCAGCUGCUUCAAAACAAAAAAUCGGUUAAUAUUAUAUAACAAAUCUGUUAGCUACGCAGGGUAGUAAGGAGCAGUGAAAUUCGGUGCAAUAUUUGAGCAUUAUUUGUGUAUAAUUUGAAAAGCUUUAACUUGAAAAAAAAAAACAAAAACAAAAACUGAUUUAGUGGCCCCUGCAAUUGUUAGCAUUUUGUAGGGCUCCUUUAUUAAAGACUUGAGAAGGAUAGAGUGAUAUUAACACGUUGACUAAGUAUACAAGCGAAAAGGAAGUUGAAAGGGUGAAGACACAACAAACUAGUAAACUAAAAAAUAACGGUAUAACAGAACGGAAAUCAAAUCAAAGCACCGCCAUUUUGUAGAGUUUUAGUGCAGAAAGUGAUAAAGAAAAUGACAAACUUAAAUGGACUGCGCAUUGCAGCCGCGCACAUAAACCUGUUCGGCCAGCGUUAACAAGUAACUUAGGUGAGCUCGAGCUGGUCUCGCACUUCACGGCCAACAGGUGGCGCUGCGUUAAAUUUCCAUGUUAGCACAAGUAACGCUGCAUAAUUUUCAGCUAAUGUGGAAAUUAACUAUUUUAUAUAUAUUUGUGAACUAUUUGAGGCAUCAACAAACAUAUAUGUGCGCUUUGUUGAUUCCUCAAGCACAAACGAUUCCUAACUAGAAGCAUAGAAAACGUGAUGACUUGCCAAUUAUAGCCUAGAAGGCUAUGCGCGCAGUGCCGCAAGGUGGCAAAAGAAACAGAAAGUAAGGGCAAAACAUAUAAAUUCAGCAGGCUUGCUUACUUUUCUUACUUUUGCUUGUUAUUAUACUUUGCGGCUGCGCAUGCGUCUCGUUUUAUAGAGAGCUGCGCAUGCGCAAAGCACUGAAAUGGACACGUUGGGACUUCAAAGCUUUACUUUUUUACCUACUUUGAAGUUCUCAGCGUCGGUAGUUAGGCGUGACAUACUAUAAAGCAUAUAAGAGUACGGUAACAUGAAAACUUUAAACGAAAAAUGCAAACGCAAACUCAAUAUUUUUGCUAAAAAAAGAUCUACAGUUAAAUACUGUGUGCACUUUAAUCGAGACAGUGGCAGUAGUGACUAGGCGUAUGGGGCCACAGUAGCGUUUAGCGGUAGAUUAGAGUAAAAACAGUUUAGUACAAGCAUACAGGAACUACUUGAAACUAUGAACAAGCAAGAGCUAACAAAAACUAGAAAAACAAAAACAAGAAAACAUUAAAUGCAGUUUCUUAAAUUGAAAAUAAAAAUUAAAAAUUAAAAAUUAAAACCAUAUGUUAUAACAAAAACAACAAUAUGAAAAAAUCACAUCCAACAACACAUAAACAACAAACAAAAAUUAUAUCUCCACACACACACAUAUAUAUAUACUAUAUCUAUAAAAUAUACAUACAUACACAUAGUUUUAAGUAUGCUACACACAUAUAUAUAUAUAGAUUCUAGUUCGUAAGUUUAAAAACAAACAACCAUUUGCUAUAGCAAUGUAGUCUACCUAGUUGUAAGUGCGGCAAAGAAUAUUGUGUUACGCUUGCGCGAUGUUUGUGUGAUUUGAAAUGCGUUUCUUUUACUAUUAUUUGAUUAUUUUUAUAUAUAAGCGAGCAUAUAUUUUAUUUUGUGGGUUUUUUAGAGCGCAUAAAUGCUUAACGAUUUUUUAUAAAUGGUUUUAUAUAUAUUUACGUGAUUUUCUACGAGUCAUUGCUCGGCUGCCGGCAUGUUUUAUUUUUUAUUUGCUUUUUUAAAUGAUAACUGUAAUUUUUUUAUUAAUUUUUAAUUAAAAUUUUUUUUUAUUAAUUUUUAAUUAAAAAAAAAUUUAGUAAUUUUUUAUUAAAAAAAAUUUUUAUAUUAAUUUUUAAUUUUUAAUUUAAAAAAAAUUUUUAUAUUAAUUUUUAAUUAUAUAUUUUUUAUUUUUAUAUUAAUUUUUAAUUAAAAAUUUUUUUUUACUAAUUUUUAAUUAAAAAUAAACAAUAUUUUAUUAAUUUUUUAUUAAAAAAAAAAAUUUUAUAUUGAUUUUUAAUUUAAAAAAUUUUUUUACUAAAAAAUAAUUAAUAAAGCAUGCGGCACGUGUUGCAACCGAUUUAAAGCGCUCGUGUGCAGAGAGCAGACUCAAUUUUUAUGUCAAAAAAAAAUAUAUAUAUAAAUAACUGUUUAUUUGUGAUUAUUUUUUAUAUACUCGACUUAAAGUUACUGUUGCAGCGACACAGACCGCCUCUAUGGCACUUUUAAUGUGUGUAAUUUUAAUUUUUUUUUUUAAUAUUUGGUUUUAUGCAAACUGACAAAAGUACUUUUUUUAUAUAUUUUACCCACAACAAACUAACUGUACUAUAUAUUAUGAUAUAAUUUUUUUUUGUAAUAAUUUUUUUUUUUAAUUUUUAAUUUCGCAACGACAUUUAUAUUACUGUAUGUAUAUGGUUUUGUAUGUUCUAGAUUUUGUAAGCGAAACAGUUUUUGUAACAGCACUAAUAAAUAAGAGAAACAAAACAAAACAAAAGAAAAUAAAAAAAAUAAACAAAUUUGUAAAUAAUAAUUUUAAUGCCUAGUUUUAUACACAUAUAUAUACUACAUACUAUAUACUAAAUGUAAAUUGUUUUGAUUUUAAGCGUGUGUAAGUAAUUUCGAAUAUGUUGCCAUACGAGAAGGAAAUUUUAUGAUAAUUUUGUUACAAUACUAAAUGCAAUAAAAGCCAGUAAACAAUAUGCUAUAUACAUAUAGACAAGAAAUUAUAAAAAAAAUGUAUAAAAAAUAUAUAAAAAAUAUAUAAAAAAAUAUAAAAAAUAUAUAUAAAAAGAAAUAAAAAUAAAAAUGAAAUUUGAAAACAAAAAUAAAAUGAUAUACAAAAUUUUGUAGAAAAAAAACUCGGUCUAACAUUAUUAUAUUCUCUAAUUUUUAAGCUGGAUUUUAAUUUCUUAAUUUGUUAAAACUAUUUUAUGCAUAAUGUUAGCAUACAUUCGAUUUUUUUUUACUUAUUAUGCUCUCAUUUGUAUCUGAAACUGUAAGACUGAAAUGGUUGUUAAGAAAGUUACACAAAAAAUUUAGCUAAACAAAAAUCAAAUUGUGCGUUUUUUUGUAAUUUCGACGCAAUAUUAUUUGUGUUUUCUUGUUGUUGUUGCUGUGCGCUAACAACGAAAUUAUGAAUUGGCAGCUAAUUGUAGACUUUCACAAAAGGCCGUAGAUUGUAUACAAACAUACAUAUGUCUAUAUAUGUAAAUAUUAAUAUUGUGUUUUUGAAAAAACUACAAUUACAUAACGGCACUCAUACAUAUUGUAAAUAUAGUGUAUACGACGCUUUUUGGGCAUAAAGUUGUAUUCCAAACAAAAAUUUCAAAAUAUUCUAUAGAAAAGAGAAUCAAUUUUGAAAUGCACUCAAGAAGCAACGACUUCAAUAUUAAGUUGGAAUUCGUGUUUUUUGUGUUAAUAAAGCAAUUUUCAAUACGAAAAAAAAAUUAACAUAAAUAUAACACGCGUGUAGCGCAGCCUAAACUCGUUCGUAUACUACAUAUAGCAAGUUACAGAGGUUAUUGAGUUUGUAUUAAAUAUAAUAUUCACUUGUACAGUUGAUACAAAAUGCUAAACGAAAAAAGCAAAAAAAAAUUUUUUUUGGAAUUUUUCAAAAAUUCGAAUCAAAAAUGUACAUUAAAACAGCAAUGAAAGUGUUUGAAACACACACUCAUGUAUAUACUUUUAU